AUGCCAGUAAUCGAUGCCAAAUUGCUCCUUACAUUCCACCAAACCGGUGAAACUAGUGAAUGGAACUUGCUGUUAUUGUGGAGCAUGUUCUUCGUGGCUGCAAAUUGUAUGUAUGAUAACGGUGGCGAGACGGACAAGGUGGUUCUGCUCCAGUCGGCUCUGCUCAUGGGAUUGUGGCACUCGCAAAGACACAGCCAUGCACAACCAUGGUAUUGGACAGGAAUUGCAAUCAGUAUCUGCCAAAUUUUGGGUCUGCACCGUGACCCAGACUCAGUAAAGUUUAAUGCGUCGUUCCCCGCCUACCGACGUCAUCUUUGGAGACGUCUUUUCUGGAGCUGCUUCUUUCGAGAUCGAUGGCUGAGCUUGACACUUGGGCGACCAUUGAGGAUGAACCUGAACGAUUGCGACACGCCGAUGCCGUCGGUCGCUGACGUGAUAAGUGACCUGGAUGAGUUACCACCGUCAAUUAUCCAAGGCCAUAUCCCGGAUGACCUGUCUCAGUUGGCCGAGUACUGGAUUGUUCUCAUCCGAUUCAGCAAGCUCCUUGGCGAUGUUCUGACAUUAGGCUACCAGCCCUUUAGCCCAGCUGCCACGCUGCAACAGGUUGAAUCCCUUGAAGCAGAUAUUCAGCAGCUUCAGGUUCCGGACAAAUGUGCAAAUGAACAGAAUAAAUUUGCCCUCUUCUACCUCUACCACUUGCAGUUACAUUACCACACGCUUUUGAUCACAUUUUAUAACCCCUACAUGACCAAGGUCCCAGAAGAUCUGCCCCUCGCCAAUAGACAAGCAUGGCGAGCCAGCAUAAGAAACAAGAUAGACGCUGUAGCCCUACGGGCCAAUGCAAUUAUUGACAACAUUGUUCGGGACCGACUUGUAGGCUUUGCGGCCCCCAUGACCCUUAAUAAACUGGAGCUUUGCAUGAUGGUUAUGGAAGAGCUGGAAGAGACUUAUGCAUCUGCUUCCAUUUACCGCGGCGUUUUCUUGGAAGUGAUCCGUCAGCUAUAUCCCAACUAUUCAACCAAUACGCUGGCUUGUGAACCCAAUAUGAGAGAUCCUUUCUUCUCGCGAGCGAAUGCCGCGGAUGAGUCAACCCCAAUGCCUACGGCAAAUGAUGAUGUUCUAGAUGCAUUUUUAGACGAGGCAUCCGCUAUGAACUUUUGGGGGUCUUUUGGUGACAUUCAACUGGGGUCACUAGUGCCAGAUUAUCGCGACUGA